AUGUUUACCAGCUCUUCGCAUAACACGUAUCUACUCGCAUGGCAAGUCCUUGGUCGUGCAUCUUCCGAGUGCUACACACUCGUUCUGUCCAAGAACGCACGCUGCGUCGAGAUCGAUGUUUGGUGGUCUUCCAAGGGCCCAAUCGUCACCCAUGGACGCACGCUCAGUCGAAGUGUCCCGUUCAAGCCUGUUUGUGAUGCUAUUGGCGAAGCAGUCCAUGAUGGAGAUUGGCCUGUUCUUGUCAGUCUAGAGUGCCAUGUCCCGGUCGCUCACCAAGACGAGCUCGUAGAUAUCAUGAAAGGUGCGUGGGGUAAUAGGUUGGUGCAAGAGCCACUGGAAGGAGUGAGUGGUGAUACCAUAUCUCCAAGGGAUCUGAAAGGAAAAAUCUUGCUUAUGGUGGAGUAUUAUCCGGACGUAGAUUUCCAGGAGAUUACUCCAGAUUCCGAGGCAUUGGAUGACGAAUCAUGGCCCAUCGAGUGCGAUGAAGUUUUCGAGCUUGAUUAUGAGUCCGACCCUCUGCUUGAGAAGGCCGAUCACGCCCAUGCAAAGAUCGCAGAUUCGCUAGCUGACCUAGGUUUUUAUAUAAGAAGUAUGAAACCAAUAGAACACUGGCUUACCGAAGGCAAGUGCUUGUUAGCUUCUUCACUCAUUUUUACCAAUCUCCCUAUAGAGUUACCCAGUCCCCCACAUCCCCCCAACAUCAUGAUCAACAUGAGCGAAUCUUCCAUACUAGCCAUGGUCCCGCACUUGCUGUUAGAGUUGAUUGACCAUUCUCAGCAUCGACUUCGACGCAUCUAUCCCCGCGGUACACGUUUGAGCUCGAGUAAUCUUGACCCGUUGAAGCAAUGGCGCAAUGGCUCCCAGAUUGUGUGCCUCAAUUGGCAGAACUUCGAUAGUGGUAUGCAGCUUAACGAAGCGAUGUUUGCUGGGACUGUUGGUUGGGUUGAGAGGCCGAGGAUAGGAGUUUCUGAGCGCAAGGUGAAGUUGGUCUGCGACAUUAUCGGAAUCAGUUCCUUGCCUCGCCCAAAUGGACGCACCGAAUUCUCCUCAUAUGUUCAUGCAGAACUUGUCCAAUCUUCAAAGAAUCAAGAUUGGCGCUCCGAGCAUGUUAAAUGCGCAGAUGUCAUGUGGAACGGCAGUUUUGAAUGGGAAUUCGAGGAGGAUGACUUGACCUUUAUCCGCCUGCGUAUCCUUCGUUACGGAGGACUCUCGAGGGAUGAACAAUUGUUGGUUUUCUGUGCUCGUCUAUGCGACCUUGAGCAGGGCCUGAGGUUCAUUCGCCUCCUAUCGAUGGACGGGAAGUACACUGGAGCAACGCUGCUAGUUCGAUUUACAAUCAGUGGAAUAUAG